AUGGCUAUGAUGGCUGAUGGAUGGCCCAGCGCUGCUGGCACAGCACUGAGGAGUUCAAUCCCAACUCAGGCUCCGAAUCCGCUGCCAACUAUCCCGUUGCAUCGUUCUAUCAACCUAUUCCCUCUGUCUAACUACACUUUUGGUACGAAGGAUGCUCAGUCAGAAAGGGAUCACUCUGUUCAAGCACGUUUCCAAAGAAUGAGGGAGGAAUAUGAAAAGGUUGGAAUGCGACGUUCAGUCGAUGCUGUCCUUAUUGUGCAUGAACAUUCACUCCCUCACAUUCUUUUACUGCAGAUUGGAUCAACCUUCUUUAAACUACCUGGUGGAGAGCUGGAAGUUGGUGAGGAAGAAACCGAUGGAAUGAAACGUUUGCUUGAUCUUACCCUUGGUAGGACGGACGGUGUAAAAAAUGAGUGGAAAAUUGAGGAUGAGGUCGGAAAUUGGUGGAGACCAAACUUUGAUCCUCCUCGAUACCCUUACAUACCCGCUCACGUCACCAAGCCGAAAGAGCACACUAAGCUUCUUCUGGUGCAGAUGCCUGAAAAAGCAAUGUUUGCCGUUCCGAAGAAUUAUAAGUUGGUAGCGGCACCUCUUUUCGAGUUGUACGACAACGCUGCAGCUUAUGGUCCUCUUAUUGCUAGUCUCCCAAUGGCUCUGAGCAGAUUCAACUUCAUUUACAACGGCGUCGUGUGA